UCUCACUCUCCUUUCUGUUUUAUAGGUUUCUUUGUGAAUGAUGUUUGCGCGGUUGCAGUCUCGCUGCUCGGUUCGUCGCUGGUCGUCCAGCGCGUUGCGCGGAUGCAGCACAUGGGGCGCCGCGGUGAUAAUUUCGCGUCUCUUGCAGAAUAAAAUCCUCCGACGUGUGUUUGAUAAAAAACAAUGUACUGAUCGAGCAAUACCCAGGAUUUGGUCUGAAUAAUAAAACGGCUGAUAAUAAUUUAACCCAAGAAGAAAGAAUGAAAGUGCCGCACUCCACCAGAGCCCAAGUGAGGCGAUUGAAAAAGAAACGGAAGCAGCAGCAAUACCGCCACCUAGUGUCGAAACCAGAGCCCUGCAUCCUGAGCCCGGACUCUGCGCUGGCCAGGCAGUACCACCAAGCCACCAGCAGGGGGCAGCCAACGCCCAAGAGACUGAAACACAGGCAGCCCAGAGGAGUUCAGGAGGCUCCCCCCAUCUCAAGCAGCCUCUCUCCUCCUGGGAGGAAGAAGUGGAGUUGCCCCCAGGAGAGAAGCCCGGCUGGGACUGGGAGGAAGGAAACCCCCCACGCUCACAGCAAUGGUUCGGCUGGGAGAGUGCAGCAGCACCAGCAGGGGGCGCCGCUGGUCCCCGGUCUCCAGGACUAUGAGAUGCAGAUGGAGGACACUGAUUACUGGCGCUCGUUCGCGGAGUCAGCGAUGCAGAACGGGGACCACACGGAGCUCAGCGGGGAGGACACGCCCCCAAACAACAGCCAAUCACAAGCCGACGAGGAGGAGAGGGAGGACACCUCCUACCUGGCAGCAGUGGAUGAUGGGAAGGGGAGGACGGUGGUCGUCAUGGCGCCCGGACAGACCCUCACGUUCAGAGGGAAGUCUCAGCUGACCUGUCUGUACGGCCGUGUCCGUGUGUUCGGCUUCACGGUGGAGGAAGGUCAGCCCUCGUACCCGCUGCUCUCCCCCGCGACGCACUGCCCCCUCGCCAUCCAGGCGCUGCCGCACUCCACGGGGGGCAAGACCAGGAAAGAGCGCCGCCUGGAGGCCAAGGCCAUCGUCAAGAGCUACCUGCGCGCUGGAGCGCGCCGCUCUGAUCUCAUGAAGCACGUCUCCUCUGAAACCUCAGUGCUGCUGCUGGAGCUGCUGGACACCCAGGCAACACGCUUCAUCUGCAGCCUGCCUGCUCACCGGGACCUGUUCACACUGAGCGUGAAGGAGCUCGGGUUCCGCCAGCCCGCCCCCGAUUGCCCUCUCUCCGCGGCGGGUGUCGUGUCUCUGCCCGGCAGCAGCGGCCUGGUGAUGUCAGAGCGCUACAGCUCCGCCCUCAGCGAGCUGGCCCAUGCCUGCCGGGAGGAGGAGGACGGCUGUCCCGUGAUCCUGGUGUGCGGGGGAAAGGGGGUGGGCAAGUCAUCAUUCAAUAGACACCUGAUCAACACACUGCUGAACCAUGUCUCCUGUGUAGAUUACCUGGAGUGCGAUCUGGGCCAGACAGAGUUCACUCCCCCUGGCUGCCUGUCCCUGCUGUCCCUCACAGACCCGCUGCUGGGCCCCCCCUUCACUCACCAGCGCCCCCCUGGUCGGAUGGUGUAUUUUGGGGAGCCCUCGUGUGAGCAGGACCUCGAUCGCUACCUGGAGUCUGUGAAGUACCUGUGGAGCUUCUACCAGAGAGAGAGCCCAGUGAUCAUCAACACCAUGGGCUGGGUGCGAGGGUUUGGGCUGCUCCUCCUGGUUGAUCUCAUUCGUCUGCUCUGUGUCACUCACGUGGUCCAGCUGACCCACGAUGACCCCGCCAUUGCGCCCAUGCCCUCCCUCAGCCCCGCCUACCUGCGCCAAGCCCCGGGCUGGCACACCAAGGCCAGGGGUCAGAGGUCGGAGGAGGAGCCCGGCUGCUUCGCCACCCCGAGGGGCCACACGCUGCUGGAGUUCACAGGGGCCGGAGCUGCGAGAAAUGUGAGGUAUCGUAGUAACGUGCUGCGUGAUCUGGCCCUGCUGGGAUACUUCAGUGAGCUCCAGAGUGCUGAGCCUGAGCUGGGGCCGGCCCUCCCCCUGCACAGCUUCACCCCCUACCAGGUCCCCAUGCGCUCCGUGGCCCUGCGCGUGGUGCACUGCGACGUGGCACCGUCUCACGUGAUGUACGCGGUGAACGCCAGCCUGGUGGGUCUGUGCAGCCUGGCCGAGGGGGUGGUGGGGGCGAGCGGAGAGGGGGGACCCGUGCUCCUCACUCACACCCCUGUCUGCGACUGUCUCGGAUUCGGGGUGCUGCGUGGGGUGGAUGUUGCACGUGGGCUGUAUUUCAUCGUGACCCCUCUGAGUGUGGAGCGGCUGCGGCAGGUGAACUGCUUGCUGGUGGGGAGUGUGGCCCUGCCCCAGGACCUCUUCAGGAGCCAGGCUGGGAUCGAGGGAGAGCGCCCCUACGUCACGUCGGAGUACCGCUUUGAAGUCUUCGGAGCCGGGAAGCUGAAGAUAAGGAAGAGCCUGAAGAGGAGGGAGCACCUGGGGAAGAACUGAGCCGGACCAGAACCAGAAGCAGAGUCCUGACCCUUUUUAAAAUCCAUUGCCCAUUCCCUUUCAUCAAUUCCAGCACAUCAGUGAUCACAAUUGCAGUCAGCAGCGUUCUGUCAACAUGAGCUCCUCGCUGUGGCGGCUCGUUCCUGCGAUACACGGGAGUCGCUGCUUGUCAGUCGCUUUUAAAAUUGUCUUUAAAUGGAACUGGAGUUUGACCCUGGCCCUGUCUGAAGCCACAGCCGCCUUCUUCAGUACAUUCAGAGCUCUGCUCAAGGAAGGCUGAAGGCCAGCACAGCAACGUGAGCCAGCGAGGGGAGGCAGGGGGUGUUAGGAGUGGAUUCAGAGAGGACUGAACGCACAGGGGGGGUUCGAGAGUGGGGGGGGUGUAUCCAUCAGUUUAAUAUUGAUCCCAUCUCAUGAGGAUGAGCAACAAAAUUAAACUUCAUCCUAGCGUGUCUCUUCCUGUUUCCAAAAACGCUGGGCCUGAAAUGUGUGUGAGCGAUUGUUUGUUUGUUAAUAAAUAUGGAACAUUUCAAGAAAGCGUUCUUAUUGAGAAGUUUUAUUUUAGUAUUUCUGAAUUCAGCACCCUCGCUUGUGCGGUAGUUACGAGUGAUUGACGUCAUGAGACUUCAACGCUGUAGUUUGCUGAACGCGUCACAGAGUGGGGGUGCAUGAUUAAACUGACCGUGUUUUCUGUCUCUGUGUUGCUGGGUGCCAGUAACCCUGCACGCAAUGCGCAUUGCAAUGCUGCGCUUCCACCUGCGGGGGCUGCAGUUCCCACUUUUGUCCACCUGAGGGCGGGCGAGCCAUUGUAUAAAUGCGUGUGUGUGCGUCAUCCCUAUUCGACCGCUUUCCACAAGCAGCCUGACUCACUGGCGCCCUCGGCAGCACGACGCUAGAACCGCAACUGAUCUCGUUUCAAUGUUCACGGUGUGUUUGUCCUUGUUUUUAUUUUAAUAGGGACGAC